UAUACUCAACUCCUACAUAGUGCAUGUUUAUAUACUUUUUGUAUUGUCAGUUUUGAUUUUAAUAUUGCGAUUGUAGGAAAUGACGUCCAACUCAGAAGAAAUACGGUACAGCCGGAGCCACAAGCUGCCACAUCAGGCGGCGCAGGAGAGUUCCACAAGACGACAGAUACCACGUUAUCGUUUGCUAAGCUUCAGGCGAUGGGUAAAUCUGAUCUGAACAAGUCUGUUGGAAUCAUCAAAAUCAAAAUAAAUGACCAACUGGAGUCUGGAACAGGAUUUCGUUUUGGGGAAAACUACGUCAUGACUGCUUAUCAUGUGUUUGAAGGGAUUGUCAAACACGUUUGGAAGUUAGUAAUGGCUAUAGUUGAACAGAGCGACAAGAAGGAAGCUAUUUAUCAGAAAAUCAGCACUAUGUUUAGUAGGUCGUCGGCUGACAUUGAUCCAAAGCGUCAAGCUCUCCCAUUCGGACAUCUGUUUGAAUAUUUGCAUACAAUGGGCCUGCCAAUAGAAGUGUUUGAGGAAAAAUGGAAGGACGCUGUCAACAUUGAAUUCGGUGUCAGAGAGGGCAAAACGACUGCCGGAGAAUUUAACUUCGAGUACAACAUACCGUUUGCUGACAGUGAUCACGACGUUGUGGUUCUGCAGAUCAGCAAAGGUAGUAAAGGCCUUCCCCCACCACUGACCCUUGCGAAGUACAUGGUUGCGGAUAAGGUCCAUCUGUUUGGUUAUCCGAUAGGCUCGACCGAAAUCGAUUUGAGUUCUGAUAUAAAAUGUCGCAUUUACGCUGACAACCGAGAACUUACUGGGGAUGUGACAAAGGCCAUAGAGUGGUGGCGGAAAGAAAAACGUAGACCCGUUAAAAAUGAGUACGCUGUUUGCCAUUAUAUCAAUGACAAUCAUACAGACACUGGAAAAAUAUUCCUCCAUACUUCAAAGCAGUUCGAGCGCGGAUCAUCUGGCUGUCCGGCCAUCACGUUCAUCAACGAACAACCCGUUGUACAACUAAUGUACUUGAGGGGUUAUCCGGAGUUCUGCUACAAGGAAGGGACAUUUCCUCCACCACAGUACUUGUUUGAGGCAGGUGUAUCCAUGCCGGUGGUAACACGACUCCUGCAGGAAUGCUGUCGUCAGAUCAUGGCGUAGAUAAAACAAACAGACAAACAGGCCUUCAGGGAGUAUCAGACGAGGCUCUGGACUUUAUACUAUCAUGUAACUUUGUGUUUCGGUUGAUACUUGAUUAUAUGACGUUUGCAAUAUUUUCUACGAUAAUAAUAAUAAAAUGAAAUUAGUUUUACACAUUUUUCCAUCGUACAUUGUAGCAUUUUGAAUAGCAGCUGAACUUUUUGACAUCAGUUUAAGAUACAAUAUAUGUGACCUAUUCCGCGGACACUUGUAAAUAAACACUGUCACAAAAAUUUUACGCAUAAACUCCUUGUGAAAUUCAGUGGUGUAGGUACAACUGCUUGAAAUCCAGAGCCGUUAAUCAUUGUUGGGUUUUAAUAACCCUUUUAACAAGUGCAAGCCUGGUGAUUUUUUAUGGAAGUAUUGUAUUUUUCCCCAUAUUCCCCCUUUCGAACCUUCCAAUAUUGGAUAGACAAUGUAAUUUUAGCAACAUCUUAGAGUUUAAAACAUAUUUGCAAAUCAAUGAUUGGGGAUAUUUAUGUAAUUAUUUGCGGUGCUAAAGUAUUAGGAAGAAAAAUGAGCCACUGUAUCCGACUACUCGUGAGGCGUCCAAGCAUUAUCAGUGACUUUCUUUGAUGACUUCUGUUUAGUGGACAUUGUCGAAAUAUAAAUUGGCUUUCAUUGGGACUCUAUGGACAUUAAAAUUUUAUUGUUACUUAAGAUAAAUAAUAUCCGUUGUAAAUACGACGAAAAAUACCAGUGAUUUAUAAAAAAAAAUGUAAAAUUAAAUGUAUGAAUCAAUGUAGUCAUGGGUCCACUCAUAUUGCCGGUUUCCUGACCAUGUGUGACGAGAAGAACAAUGGUUUUCAAGGUCUUUGUCUAGAUAUAGAACGAUUUCACACUCAUUCCCCCAUACGUUUGUGUGUAUGUGUUAAUUUAACGGCUUACAUUGAUCAGCUGAUCGCCACGCCUCUGAUGAAGUGCAGUGAGUUUAAGAUUUUUAGAUUCACUUUCCCGUUUAUCUCUCCUAUUCACUCCCGUUGGACAUCAACAGAUUGAAAGCAGCCUUGCAUAUUUGAACAAGUUUGUAACAUUGGCAAAACAAAUGCAGGUUGAAACCCAAAGGGGAUGAAUAGAUCAACAGAGGUGUAGUUUUUUUUUAAUUUCUGGAUAAUCUCAAAUAAUACACAUUUAUCAGUGAAGAAGGUUUUUAUAAAAAUAAAGUGAAUAUAUUUUCUAC